AAAGUGCAUCAUGUAAUACUGUCACCUUCUUGUGAAAUUGCAUGGUAUCGUCCCGUUUCGACGUUACGAGUAUGACUCAGUGCAAAACGACGAUAAAGUUUUACGUGCCCAGCGAGAUCUUUGUUUAUUGAUAACAAUUAUAUGGUGUACCAGCGCUGAGGACCCGCGAGGGCAAGGGGUGUACGAAGUUCAUUUGUUGAUAGCUAGUGACAAUGCGAUCGCCCACAAUCGACUAAUCUUGACAAAAGCAAGCUGCCUUAUUUUAAUCUAAUACACUAGCAAAACCAGGCCAAAGAAUUAAGGAUGUAUUAGUACGGGGAUAGAAGAAAGGAUCGAUAUAAUCACACGGCCCUCGGCAUUUGAAAAUGGACCCUCGAUAUCUGAGCGAAAUGAUGAUGUUUAUUGACUACAGUUGUUAUCAAGGGCAGGAUGCGUAAGCAUAAGAGAGAGAGCCAGGCGGAUGCCUGUUGGCCUGCCACGUCCAGAGAACUUCACCAAACUCCGCAACUCAGCAUCUGAUAUACAAACUACACACACAGAGGAUAUGCAGUGCUCUGUUAUACUGGAAAGAGACCGAAACACUGGGAAUGUUAAAAUGAAGACAAUUAACAAUUAUAAGAAUCCUUACAAGAAGGAAGCUAACUUUAACAUCAUUGUGGACCAGCUUUGCACCAGACUCCAAGACAUAAAAGAUCAAGAGAGUGCGUCACAGGUAGGCAUGCCCACGUGUUCCCUAGAGCAUACCGAGGCUGUCAGAAGAUACUACGCUGCGUUCCCGGCUCUGAAGAAAGGGCAAGAGUCGCCGCUGCAGUAUUACCUGCCGCCGCCGGCCUGGUGUCGCAAAUCGCCGCCAGAUUGCAAACAAGCCAAGAUGCAAAGCGAAAUUGCUCUCUCCAGAGAUUGGAACGCAAAAAACAAAAAACUGUUUACGGGAAAAGAGCGACGCAAUUCCUAUCACGGUCAGAGAAAGGGUAAAAAGCGCUGCAAUAGUUACAGUAGAUCCUUCGAGAGUAAGGAGAGCCUGCCCGAGUGGGUCACGCACGAGGGUGUCUGGGAUAUUGAAACUCAAGAUCCUGUCAAGGAGUUUAUCAAGGCUAUCGCGCUGGACGAAGGUUACGGCACGUGCGAAAACACAGUCACCGACGAAAUCAAAGAGAUUACAUCGGCGAAACUCAAAAUGAACGAAAGCAUGGUGCCAAAUUGGGAUGAUAGCAUCGAUUUCGAUGCAGAUUGGAUCGUAACGGAAGAUGUCAAUCCGCGGGUCAGAACUCCGAUGGAGGAAGAGUUGUACGCUAAGUUCGAGGCGAAAUUCGAUCGGAGCAUCGAAGCCUUGUGGACUAAAGACCAGAACACGCCGGACGACGAGUACCAAGAUUUACCCAUCGAUUUUCAAGAUCUUCUGUCGUCUCCAUCCGAUCAUCUCUUCGCCGACCCGUCGGCCGAGAAGUGUAGCUUGAUAUCUUUGACCGAGAGCAUAUGGUCGAACGACGCCGCCGACGUGCCGUUCGAGCGGGCAGAGUCCACGUCCAAGAUAGCGGAGGCGCUGCACGACCGGCUGAAGCCGCUGCAGCUGGCGGACGCCGAGCCCGAGCCUUGCCCGCCGCGCGUGCUGGACUCGCUGGCGCUCUACGACGGCGACGACCUCUACGAUGCGCUGGCCUCCGUCGCCCAGACCAUGCGCUCCUUCACCGCCAUCAACCACAGCCGCGACCGCAGCGGCUUCGUGGAGGUGCCGCCGCGGCGCCGACCGCGCCCCGCGCGCCCCUCCCCGCCCCACCGCCCGCCCGACGACGCCCGCCCGCCCGCCUCGGCCGCCCGCGAGGACCUGCUCAUCUCCUCCCGCACGCACUUCAAGCCGAUCCGCCGCGAGGCUGAAGCGGACGCCGCGCGCUACGCCGACGGCGAUAGCUUCGACAUCAGCGGGGACCUCGACCCGGUCGAGUUCAGCCGCAGCGAGUCCGGCGGCGUCUACCUGAAGAGCUCGCUCGAGCGCUACCUCGAGUACCGCACCGGCGGUAUCGACUACGGCCGCCUCAACCUGACGGCCGCGCAGCGCUGCCCGGACCUCGACGACCCCGGCUUCCGGCUGCGGUUCCCGAUGCGGCAGCUCGACGCCGCCGUGCAGACCGAGAGCGCGGCGGCCGCGUGGGACGCCUGCGAGGAGUGCGGCUGCGGCGCCAAGAAGAUGCGCGCGGACCCCGCGGGCGUGUGGGGCGGCGGCGGCGGCGGCGGCUGUGCGGCGUGCGGCGCGGGGCUGGCGGCGGUGGGCGGGCCGCCGGGCGCGGAGCUGGCGCAGGAGUGGGAGGAGCUGGUGUCGGCCAUGAGCGCGGCGCGCGCGCAGUACGCGGCCGACGCGGCGCUGCCGGCGGACCGCAAGCGCCGCCACUCGGCUGCGCUGCGCUGCGCGGCGCCCGCGUGCUCUCACCCGCACGCCCGCUUCCUGCCGUGCUGCACACCCGCCCUCGACCGGCCCCUCACGCGUUGAUACACGCCCCUCCCUACGAUUUUUUUUGCUCGAUGGCACCGAACUGAUGUUCUUACGCACGAUGGAAGAUUAAGUUUGUAAAAGAUUGUCGCUAAUGUUGUGCGUAAGAUGGUAUUAUACGAAGCGUUUCAGAAAUUAUAGGCGAGAUGAGAUGUUUGUUAGAAAUCAGCAAAUUUUCUGAUGAGCAUGCAAAAAUACUUAAGACCACAAUAUGAAUCUCUUGAAAUUCAAAUAAGUAAACCGACAUCUUUCAUCACUAUUGCUUUUAAAUUUGCCAUGCUGUACUAUAACAAAUGUCUAGUCUACAUUCCAUAAUAUCUGUGAGGUUAUCAUGAAGCUUUAGAAAGACUUGCAUCUUCUCAAAGUCGACUAUUACUCAUACGUUUUUAUCAUAUGCUUAACGACAUGUUAUGAGGCUUUACCAUUGCCUCUUUCUCAAGCUUGAUGUUCAUAAUAGGAUUUCCUUAUCACCAUCUACAUCCACGGUAUCACCAUCAAAAAAAAAAAUUGUUGAUAUCUCCCCUGAGACAUUUAAUAAAUUAACAAACAGCCGACUUUCGCUACAUGCUUUAUUUCGACAUUCACUUCUCAAUCAUGGCGGCUGCUGUUUUGCAAUAUCGACAUUUUGUCAAAAUUUACUAUAUCCGUAAUACAGCAUAUAGCUAAAGCGGGCUUUCACUUAUAUUUUAUUUUUACCUAAGGUAUCAAUUUUAUUUACCAAUAAUCAUUUAUUAAGUGUCUCAGUAUCAUGGUCAGUUUUGAGUUAGUGCGCUAUAUUGAAGGAUGGAUUCAUUGUCAGGAUGUUAGAAUCUAUAGUGGUUAUAAUACAAUGGGUCAUAUUGACACAGAAUCAAUACGUUAUAAUUAAACGUUAAUCAAGCCGCGUCCUUAUAUCGUGAAUCUUAUUAGUUAACAUUGAAGGAACUGGUACAAAAAACAUGAAACUACAGCAGUUAUUACGUGAAUACUGUGUCAAGGUGAACCGCAUUUGUUUUCCUUACUCAAUCGUGCUACACUCUGUAUAUAUUCGUCCUUUUUCAUCAAUAAUUGUAAUUUGAAGUUAUCGAAAAUUAUUAUUAUAACGCAGUUCUUGAAACUACAGAUUGUGACGCCUUCUGAGAUUCCAGAGAAUUUCGUGGCCCUAUUUAACUCAUUCAAGUGGCAUUAGAUUGAAAAAGUUAGCAAUAAUGAUAGGAUUAAUUAGCAAAGCCUUAAAGUUAUGUUCUCCGAAUUGUAUGGUGUUGACUUUCGAGCGGAGGCGGGACAUGCUAACAUAUCUUAUGAUUGUAGAUAUUGACAGAUGGAGGAGUUUAUGUAACAUUAAUUUUAGUUCAAAGUUUCUUUGUAGAGAUUUCAUAUUGGUAUACAUAUUUGAUGGAAUGCUCCGUUUAUUGCAUUAUGUCAACUAUAUUUGGUAAAGAUUGAAUAAUGUAUGUGACUUAUAACGCGGUUGAUAUUGACGUGGUUGAUAAUGAACUGUUUAAAUAUGAAUUAGUAUAUAUUGUUUUACUUGAUUCUUUUUAAAAUUUUAUGAUGUCUUAUGUAUUAAAAAUAUCACUAUGAAGUGAAGAAAAAAAACGCUAAAAACGGAGCAUUUCAGUGCAAACGUGUAGGACGAUUCUAAUAUAAUUCUUACAAUAAUAUCGUCCAAGUUGUUUUAUAAUUUGUUAUAAUGUAAAAUGUAGGUAGAGCUGGUAUUUUAUUUUUGUUACUAUUUUUCGUUCACGUUUCCUGGCUAUCUAAAUUCAUUCAAAAUUAUGAAAUGAGAUGUUUGUUUGCUGUUGAUACAUUUUAAACGAACAUUGAUGCGAUGUGACGACGCGAGGCGUACCUUCGGUCUCUAGUAGUGUAUGCCUUUUUCGGCGAUCGAAUUCCGAGUUGUUUCAUUCCGAAAAAGGUACGCAGUGCUGUGGCUUUGCUCAAAGCCGACGGACUUGCGCUUUAUGUCUCACGACUGUAUGUUAUGGACGGUUUGUUUUCUUGGUUUGUCCAGUAAGUCUUAGGUAUUACACGCGGCGAUUUUAUUGAAUGGCCGCAUAAUUAUUUAGGCGGCGAGUGUCGGCGAGUGCUCGAGCGCUCGCCGACGACCUAGUGGUAGUCUGGUGGCGAGUUACGGUGGACAAUUAGUGGGGCCACCCUAAGUGUUGUCCGGUGAGAAGACUAUGUAUUGUGCUCUUCGUAUUAAAACGUGCAGUCACUUUUCAAUCGUUACUUUUUACCACCUUGUUUCCGACGAUGUCUCGAAGGAAAUUUUCGAUAGUGACUGCAAGAUUGUAACAUAAUUUACAGCUCCAGAUAUGAAUUAUAACAGUUCAUAUAGGUGUAACUGUUAUUAUAGUUUAUGUAAAGCGUAAGAAGUGUAUAUGUUAUAUUUUCGUAUAUUUUCAUUUUAUAUAGAGGCUGCUCGGUCGCGUCUGGCGAUUUUUGUGCGGCUGAACUAACGUUCGCCGCAGGCACCUCUCGCAUACAUUUUAUUUACUUCAUUUGAAAGCCUUCCUAGUAACAGUUUCAUAUAAAAUUUUAAUAUUCGUGCAAAGUUUGCUACUUUAUGUGUCGUGUUUUAUAUAUUUAUUUUUCUGUAGUGUUAUUUACUUCUGUUUGUAAUAACUGAAAAGAAAAAAAAAAACUAAAAAAAUGUCAUUGCGUCAAAAGGCUAUUAUUGUAUAUAUUUAGCAAUAUAUUGCAAAAUUAAUGUAUAGACGUUUUUCAGUUAAUUUUAUUCUUAUACUUUUAUUGAAUCCGUUAUUUUAAUAAUCUGAAAUAUUGCAUGUUUGUACUUCUAUGUAAACACCACCAACUGUUUACGUAUUUCAGAUCAUGGAAUAAUAUAUGUAAUAUGUAUCUUCUAAAGUUAUAAUUUUAACUACUUGUGGUUGGGUAUUUUUGACUCGUUCAGCUAAUUUACAUUCAUUUUAUAGCAUGUCACGUUAAUAUUUUUUGUUCAUUUUUCUGUCAUAAGUUCAUAUUAUAUUGUACUUAUUCCAUUAACGAUAUUCGAUAAAGGAGACCUCGAUAAAAAAAUAUUAGAAAAUCAAAAAAAAAAGAUAAUUCUAGAUUCAAGUUUGCAUAUAAUAUUAUGUUUGAUUAGUUUUUAAUCUAAUGUAAUGUGCUUAUGCACUUGUUUAUCUAAAUAUCCGGAACACCUUUGGAUAAUAUCGUUAUUUCUGACGAAAUUAUUACGCGUCAGAAAACGAUCAAGAUGUUUGCAAUGUACUAUUGAGGGGACUAUUGUCAUAAUAUUAUAAUGUAGCAUGAACAUCAGUACGUUGUGAACGACGAUGUGGUAUCAAUAAGUCUAUUACGAUGCGUUUACGUUGCCAGAAUUGUUGCAUAAUAAUUGUGUUUAGUUAGAACUAUUGAUAUUCCAUCGUUCGCCUUGAAAUCACUCGGGAGAUCGACAAUACUGGACGUGCCAACAGGAAACGAGUGAUUCCAAGGAACUGUAGUUACGUCCCCGAAUGUAAUUUAAUUUCUCUUUGUGAGCCACAAAACACUGUGGCUAAGCUUGUCAGUAAUAACUAUUUGAUAUUUACACGAUCUUCACAAUCCGAUUGGUAUUUGUUCGUUUUAAAAUUAAAUCUUUAUUAUGUUGAGAUGAGAGCGGCACUCUUCCCGUCAAAUCUUUGGACACGUAGCUAUAAAGCACACGUUUGAAAAUUAUGUAAUAAUAAUGAAGAUGUUUGCAUGUAGUUGUAUUUGAAAAUUCAAAAUCUGCAAUGCUCUCAGGAACAAGUUAGCUUGUAACCGAUUGCUCCGAAGUGCCUUGGUUACAUGCACAUUUGUUUAUUCUUCAUAUCAAGUAAUAUCAUUUAUUUUUCUUUUUGAAAGUUAAAUCCAUUAGAAUAAUAAAAAAAAGUAUCUUAUAAACCGGGGUAGGAGCAGUAAAUAAGGGUUAACACUUAAGUUUGGUAUUUCAACAAAAUUGACUGUUCAUCGUAAAGUUAAUAUUGGUAUUGAUAUUAUGAUACGGUUCUAAAUCUGUUUGAUUGCUUUGAUGUUGAUUCCGCGGAAAUUCGUUUAUGCACAAUCAUCCUUUUCAUAUAAAUAGCAAAAUAGUAAUGUUCCUAAAUUAUAGUUAAAAAAUUAUCACUUUCUAGUUGUAUAAUGAUACCAUAAUGUCAUAUCAAAAUACUUCAAAAAUCGAGAAACUGGAAGUUGUUAUCCCUGAAAAUAGUUACCAUUUUCAUAUGUUAGGUUGUGCUCACUACUCUGGUUCUUGCCACCUAUGGGAAGAAAAUAAAUGAAACAAUCCA